CAUUUCGAAAUCAGUUCGAUUAUUCAAUUCGCUCUAACAACAUGUUCAACAAAACCUUUUUCGUUGCUUUGCUUUUGUGCGCCUGCUACCUGGGCACCAUCUAUGCUGCCCCUCAAGGCUCCUUACUUAGCGGCCUCCCCGUCGGCUCACUUACCAGUGGUCUAGCUAGUGGUUCUGGUUCGCCAUUGAGCCCGGUUACUGGACUGGUCAGUGGACUGCCCGGUGCAGCUGCCGGCGGAGUAGUCAGUGGACUCACCAGUGGAGCGUUGAGUGGUGCCCUACCAGGUGGAGUACUUGGCUAAGAAAAAACAAUUUCCAAACAAAAAAAAAUCAAAAUAGCUGAAAUCAUUUACUAAAUUCAAUUUUUGUUAACAAUUUUGUAAAAUGUAUUAGAUAGAGAGUAAAAAAUAAAUAUUUUGGAAUUACUGCAUAAA